AUAUGUGUGUGUGUGUGUGUGUGUGUUGUAUAUAUAAAUAUCUUGUGAUAACUGAGAAAAUAACUGGAAUAUAUUGGAUAUAAUCAAUGUUUGAGAAAAUAAAGUUUGGAACUGUGUAUGUUGUGUUGGAGAGAAUGAGAGCAUAAUUGAUAUCCAGGUUCGAACUCCUGUACAUUGUGUUCAAGAGACUCUUACUAUUAAAGAACAUUCCAUUUACAAUUGUUACUGAAAUCUGUAUCAAUUCACCAAUAUAAUCUAACUGGACAUUGUUGAAGUCACCACAUUUUCACUUUACCUUUCAUCACCCUUGCUCCUCCUGAGAAGUGAUAGACAUCUUGUGGUAACAGGCAGCUCCAUCUAGAGCUGACAUACAGAUCCUUAAAACUGUAACUAUAUUUCCAAACAGAAAGUGGAAAUCUCCAGAAGAAUCCAGAAUCAAUUGAAAGUGGGUAUAAAUUUCUGCUGGAAGAGGAAGUUUCAAUGUGCAAUUGGCAAUGUGGCUAUACCUUGGUCCUUCUCCUAGAUGCCAUCCCAAGUACUUUUCAGUAUUCAUCAGUGGUCUGCUAAUUGUUAAUUUGGUCAGCUCCUACCUGGCUUACUCUCUGUACUCUUUAGUGGCAGUGAUCUCUAGCAAGCAAGAUGCUGAAGAUUAUAUUGAGCACAGACAAACCCUCGAGGAAAAUCCAGCUCCUCCGAAAUUGGGGCCGGGAGAAAUUGCCUUUUCGUCGAUCAGGAAUGACAACCACUGUGAUAGAACAAUGUACCACAAUUGGUACUCUCUGUACCACCACCAUCAGUACCAUCUACACUACGGUGAGUGACACUACAGAACAUUCUUCAGUAUUUGAAGAAACCAGUCCUCAUUUUAUUGGUCAGGUUGAUGGGGACAACCCAAUCAGUAGUAGUAAUAGUGCUACUACUACCUCCAGUGUACUUACAUCAUGGUCAGGGCCCCAUACAGUGAUAGUGCCCCGCACAGAGGCUGGUUUUGGAUUUACAUUACGUCACUUCAUAGUCUACCCUCCAGAAUCUUCCACCAUUUCUCAAACUCAGGAUGGGGCAAGCAUAGCAGAUGAAAAUGAUCCGGAAGUACGACGACACAAACGCACCAAGCUUAGUGACUUGGAGCCGAUGGACACUAUUUUUGUGAAGCAUGUGAAAGAAGACAGUCCUGCAGAACUUGCUGGUUUAAAUACUGGAGACAGAAUUGUCUCCGUCAACGGAGAGCCUGUUACAGGAAAAACUUACUCUCAAGUUAUCUCUCUCAUACAGUCCAGUGAUUCAUCGCUCAAGUUACUAGUUGUCCCCAAAAAUGAAGAUAUUCUGCAAAUGGCAUAUAAGAAUACUGCUUAUAACCAAACAUCAGCAGAUACGUUUAUAAGCAGUCACUCCAGCUCAACUCCUGUUAUAAGUGUGAAACCCGCCGUUCAUUCACAGUCUGCUCUGAAGGAAACAACUGUUUAUCUCCCCGAUCGUGUCAAAGAAAGAAAGGUUUCCUUUACAUUUGGAGAGAAUCAGCAUUCUGAUCCAAUUUUCUCAACAACGACCAUCAAGGAAAUCAAUCCAUCUCCACUAGUGACGUCAACAUCUUUCUCAUCAGGAAUUAGCCUCCAGAGGGAGCCACUUGUACCUGAUAACAUGAAUAAAGCUGCAUUUUUGGAUCGGAAGCGGGAGUUUGAGCAACGUGCUGCUCAAACUUCCGAGCAGAAAAUCGAUUCAUACUCUUUUGGGUUGUAUUUUCCACCAAAGAAAGAUCAGCAAAAAUCUAAUAGUAUUGAUAAUAUUUAUGUGUCAAGCAGUGGCAGCAACAGUCGCAGGCGAACAUCUCGUGAAAAUGUGUUGCAAUCACGGGAAUCAUUUGAGAAUGUCAGCCGGUCUGAGUCCUAUUUCCAAAGCCCAUUGUACAACGCCAAGGACUCACGGCAGACCUUCUCAACUACGUUACGUACCAUCUCCUCUGAGAACAAAAUGUUACCUCGUUCUCAGACCACUUCAUCUUUAUCCUCCUUUGCAAAUACUUUCUCACCUGGGCUGUCUGCAAAGACUGAUUUUCUUACUAAUAACCACAGUUCAACUGUGGAAGCUAGCAAAGCUACUACGUCCCACUGUACCCCGAUACAUUCUGCAGUGGCUUCAGUGGUACAUCCUCCUUUACAAAUAUCUCCUCUGAACCAACCUAACUCACGUUCUAUUUAUCAGUCUCCAAACAGUUCGAAUGGUGUUUUUAAUCGCUCCCUCACUUCUCGAGAAGAACCCAGCCCACAGUCCCGCCAUGUCAUCUACAAGACAAUGUGUGGGACACCAGUUUUAAAUAAAACAUCCCUUAAUGCUCCUUCCACUGCCCCUGUGCUUCCAGUUUCAUAUAACCAAAGACCUGUUCUUAUUCAGCGUAAAUCACAGAUGGAGUUUACCCCUAGUGCAGUUGGUAGCAGUAGUAGUAACAAUAUUACUACCACCACUAGCACCCUUAAUAACCAGAACAGCGCUGGUAUUACACCAGUGCGGACUAUCUGUGUGGUCUCCUCCAAAAGAGACACACAGUCUCCAUCUUCUGUGCCUCUUUCACCUUCCAACAGGUAUAAAACUGAAAUAGAAAAAAUUACUUCUAGGACUAAAUUUGAAAGUGUUGCUACUCGAGCUGCCCAGUUUGAAAUCAAACCCAAUGAAGUGAGUUUGCCCUCGCCUGUAAUCCCAUUGAACUAUAAACAACACCGCACCUCAGAGAGACUGCUACCACAGGAUAACUAUAAGACCUAUACCUGUACACCAGUACAGUCACCUGCUGAACGAACAACCACCUAUAAAGCAGCACUGACCAAAAGUUUAAGUACUCCCGUGUCCCCAAACCAGGACACAACCCCUGUUCAAAUGGAAAAGAAGUUAUUGGAUACAUAUUCUCGCUAUGAUUCCACACCAAGCAUGAACAAUUGCUCUUCAGAGUGUUACGUCACAGAUGGUCCGUGUAUCACUCGAUCAGAAGGAAAGGAUUUUAAACCUACCACAAAAGCAUCCUAUAUCACCAGUAUUAAUGCAACUGUGAAUAAUUCUGACAGCACUUUGCUCAACAUGUCCAGUUGUGCAGAAAACAAAGAGAGUUUCUUCUCACAUAGCACCUUUGAGUCAGACCAAGUCACUCUACGUAAGAAGACUGAAGAUUUGUCCCCGGAACAAGAUGCUGUCAAGUUACAGAGACGUACCUCCUAUCUUAUGGCCACCGCUAAAGAACGUUCAGAUCUCAACACACCGUUGCAGUCCAUCAACAAAUUCAAUUCCAUCACUCCAGAUAAACUAUCCUUACCUAUUUAUGACAGUUCCUCACAAACAGUUCAGUCCAAGAAAUUAAAGUCUUCCAUUCUAAUUGAGGAAAAAACUAAUUCCUCAAUAGCAGAAGAACCAAGCAGAAGUGACUUCACCCCACCGCAAUCAUCUAGUCCACCGAAAGAAGCAAAGAAAGAAGGAUGUUUAUCCUGCAAGAAUGCCAUCAUUGAUGGAAAGAGGUCUAGUGAUCGCUCCUGGAAACCAUGUUUGGUGCUGCUGAAAGGCCAAGAACUCUAUCUCACUGACAAACGCAAGGACAAUAAUUCAGUUAUCUCUGAGUUUGAUCAGCCUGUGUCUAUAAAGUCUUCUUCAGUGGAGGUGGCCACAGAUUACACCAAGAAGAAGAAUGUAUUUCGUCUGACCACCAACAAUCAUGCGUCAGAGUUUCUCUUUCAGGCUGAGGACAAUGACACAAUGUGGUCCUGGAUUCAGGCCCUCAGAUCCUCUAGUGAUAGUGAAAUAGAUUAUGAAACAACACCCACCCAUAUACCUAACAUAAAAAGCUCCCCACAGAUGCCAGUGAAAAGUUCAAAGAAAUUGCAAGUGCUGUCUUUUCGACAUAAAAUGACACAUUCCCCAAGUACUCGCCGACGAAAAACUAAUGAAGAUGGUACAAAGACAAAAAGUUGGAAAGAAAAGAUUCGUUUUAAAAACAAGGGAAAUAACCAACCACCGGCCCCUGAAGAAGCAACUGGUUCUUUUGGAGUCCAUCUUGAGCUGUGUACCCCUUCUCCCUAUAAGGAAUCUAUCCCCUUCGUUAUUGAUCUCUGCACCAGUAUUGUUGAAACACGAGGACUGAAGGUUAUUGGUGUUUACAGAAUUCCUGGCAACAAGUUGGUUAUUUCUAACAUGCAAGAGGAAUUCAACAAGGGUCUAGAAUACAUCAACCAAGAAAAUGAAAAAUGGCAAGAUGUGAAUGUAAUCAGUAGUUUGUUAAAGUCUUUCUUCCAGAAACUUCCAGAACCAUUAGUUACCAAUGAGUUAUACCAGAGCUUCAUCAAUGCUAACCAGAUAGAAAAUCCACAGAAAAGGAUGCUGACAUUGAAGAGGGUUAUUCAUCAGUUGCCAGAUGUCCACUUUGAAACAUUUCGUCAUUUGGCGCAUCAUUUACGCAAAAUAGCUGACCACAGCCAUAUCAACAAGAUGUGUGCCCGAAACCUGGCCAUAGUUCUUGGUCCAACUUUAGUGCGCCGCCAUGAUGAAGACGUACAAGCAAUGGCCAUUGACAUGUCUCAUCAAUGUCGGAUUAUUGAGAGUGUGAUUCUUCAUCCUGAUUGGUUCUUCAGUUCAUGGGAUGUUGAUGAUCAUGUUCCUGUGGAUGAGAAUGGAGCUGCUGAGGUUCCUACAGGAACGGUCAGUCCUAUGGCACCGGCAUCCACUCCUGAUGAUGAUCUUGAUGAAUCUGAAGAAACAAAUCCGUUGGAAAUAGUUGCUGCUAUGAUCGCUGCUGCCAAGAAUAAGAAUCACAACAAGAAAACCAAAGGCCUUGAUGAAGCAGAUUCUUCAACACCGCCUGGUCCCAAAUAUGAAGAACGCAAUAUUGAUGCAGAGAUUGCUAAAUUUCAUUCUAACAAAGCUCUGGCUAACUCAAUGGAACUACAGUCUGAUGGUUCUCAAAGCCAACUGGACACUAUUUCUUACAAUAGUCGUCUCACCAGUGAACAUAAGGCAUCUGUGUCUUCUUUGUCUAUAGGCUUCGAUGAUUACACUGAUUCUGAAGUGUUCUCCAAGUCUUCAAACCCUCAUCUUGCUCGUCAGUUCUCAGAUGAAUCCCUAUUGGAGAAAAGUGAUGAGCUGGAAUUCUCAUAUGGUCUCCAGAAAACUUUCAGCCACAGCCUCGAAUCAAAUCUUCAGAGCAAACAGGAAUUUCUCAAGAAAGUUCAGGAACAACAUAAAAGAGAAUGCGAAGUGAGAGAAAAAGAGUCAAAGAAAUUUGACCAGGAAUAUCUGCGUACUAAGCAUGAGAUGGAGUUGGAAGAUAAACAUAGUCUUGAAGAAUUAUUAAAUCCAAGAAAGAUAUGGUACUCUACUAACCACCCUUACUCUGCUGCAUAUGCCAAGCCUUAUGAUUCAUUAGACUCUUAUCAAUUACAGGGCAAGAGCUGGUCAACUUCUAAAGCAAUUGAACCAGUUAGUGGUGGAAAGUAUUUUGUUAGUGUUGGAAACAGCAAGAUCUCUGACCGAACAUCAUACCUCAAUACAGGAUUUGAUAAUGCAAAGAGGUCAAAUUCUCUUGAGACAAUUAUUGACACGGGUCAAGUUUGGUCAUCUCCAUUGUCAAUGGUUGCUCGUAAGACACAAGACAGAGAGCUAAGUCCACAAAAUGAUUCUGACUUGGGCCUUACACGGAGAAAUAGCUUACGGAGAGGUUCUCUAGAUUCUAUGAUAGACUUUUAUGAUAAGAAAGAGAAUCGUUUGUCCUGGGCUUCAACUGAUUCUGAAGAUGGUUCUGACCUAUUAACAAGCUUAACCUCAACGUUUGAUCAGAAACUGCAGAUCCUAUUAAAUCCUAAAUAUAAAUUAAAUGGUAGUUCCAGACCACGGCCUCCAUCCAACAUAGGUGUGCCACCAUAUUCAGCUGUGAAAAACAAUGAAAUUGUCCCUUCCAACAGCAAUGUUUAUGAUUGUACCAGUGAGAGUCUUGAGUUGGCCCAAGCCGAGAGUACACGUAUGUUGAACCUUGGUUUGGCGUAUAGUAGACAGGCAAAAAAGAAUACAGAUGUUUUUGAUAGUUUCCGUGAUCCCAGUUUACAUCGUUCUCAGAAACCAGAGACAAAAAUAGGUAUUGCUUCUCGUUUCACACGCAGUAACUCCAGUCCGACAGCACAUGUUUUGGGUGAGCGGGCAAUAAUAACACAUGGUGCUGCACCAAUAGCUGCAAGUCAUUUAGCAUCAUCUUCGGAACUGGUCCAACGACGUAGCAAUGGUGGUGGACUCUGUACUGAGUAUAUAGACUCUAAACUUUCUAAUUUAGGUAAAAUAUAUUCUUUGUCCCCUUCAGCAAGUGCUUCACCUCCAAAAGAUUGCCAUUCAAAAAAAAACUUAAAGUCAUCUUGUAACAAAAAUAACUGUUUCAAUGGUGGCUACAGAUCUGAAAAUACACGUAAGAACUUUAGAGAUUCCGCUAGUGGUCAACAGUUGUGGACACCACGGUCUACAGUACUGGCCAAAGUGAACACAACUGCGAAACCUCGAUCCAAUUCCCCACCCCCUUUAGCGAGGAGGAAAGUACGAGGCAAGCGACGACACACGGUUGGGGGUAGUGAACAUUAUAACACACUGGUAUUGCUAUUACAGCGCAAGGAUGACCCCAGUCGUACUAUUUUUAAAGAAGCAUUUCAGCCCACUCCUAAAAUCAAAGAGGUUCAUGACUAUUCUCCACUGGCCUGGUUACAGGCCUACAGUCUUCAGACCGGUUCAUCAGAUUCGUCUUUCCCUGCUCAACCAACCAUUGAGCAAACAUUAAGGAAAUAAGGCUGGCAUUGUAAUUAUAAAGUGAACCCUUAUGAGCCAGCAGAAGACUCUGUCCCCACCCACCCUUAUAUGCAUACAGAGUGCAUUGAUGACUAUUAAUGGGCAAGUUGUCCCUUUUUUAAUUUAAAAAUACAAAUUUCUACUCUUCAAAUGAGUAAAUAAUUAUAUACAUACAUACACGAGCAUCCACACAUAUUUUACAUACCUACAAAAGUGUAUAUACUGCACUGAUUCAUCCCAUUCCCAUAUAUAUACAUUAAUAGCCCUAAAAAUAAUUGAGAAAGGUAUAUAUAUAUUUGUUCCUUUGAAAAAAAGAUUUCAGAGCCCUUUCCAUGUCUCCCCCACUUCCACGAGAAAACUCCAAAAACCUACGCAUGUAUAAAACCAAUUUUGGGGCUGAUGACUUUUUAUAGAACUAAAAAGAAAAACAAAAAGAAAAAAAAAACAGAUGGGUCUCUGUCAAUGGGAGUUUGUGAGAUUGUCAGGAGAGCAUGAAUGGGAAGAAAAUAUUGUAUAUUUCUGAAACAUUUCUGCCAACAAAGCAAACCAAAAAAAAAAUGCAAUAUAAUAAUAAUAAUAAUAAUUAUAAUAAUAA